AUGCGCAAACAUGCCCGCUGGGCUCAUUCCUCCGUCUCGGCCAUCCUAGGUGGAAGUACAGUCUCCCGGAUUUACGACCGUGAUACCUCCGCCCCUCCGAGUCCCCGUGAGAGCGCCUUAACUACACCUCGACCCGGAUCCAGAUCCCUCGCUGUCGAUGACGAUCAUGUCCUGGCCAAUCGAUGGGGGUUGAGGGGGAAGAAAGGCAAGAGCAUGCAGGACAACCCUCUAAUCUCUGCCUUCACGCGACUGCGGAGCGAUCUCAAGGGCUGCAAAGACAUCCGGACCUUUGAUGCUCCCGCUCUACUCCAUCCGUUCCUUCAGGUCAUUCGCUCCUCCUCGACCUCCGCCGCCAUCACCUCACUCGCCUUGGUGGCCUUGACGAAAUUCUUCGCCUACAACAUCAUCGGCCAGGGCUCCCCGCGACUAUCCAUGGCCAUGCAGCUCUUAUCCGCCGCCAUCACCCACUGUCGCUUCGAAGCCAGUGACUCGGCAGCAGAUGAAAUCGUCCUGCUGAGGAUUCUCAAGUUGAUGGAAGGCAUGCUGUCAGGACCAGAGGGUGAAUUGCUAGGUGACGAGAGUGUUUGCGAAAUGAUGGAAACCGGGUUAAGCAUGUGCUGCCAGGUCCGUCUCUCGGAGGUUCUGCGCAGGUCUGCGGAAAUGGCCAUGGUCAACAUGUGCCAGGUGAUUUUUAUGCGACUAUCACAUCUGGAUAUCUCAGAGCUAUCGGAGGAGGAGCCGGCGCUCUCGAAUGCAGGCGAAGCCCAACCGACCAAUUUCAAGAUGGACCCUUCUGUCGACGGAGAUACCGUUACCUCGCAGCAUCCGUCCGCCAUGGGUUCGGAUACGGCCGUUCCGGAUCGCGACUCUAACAGUAGGGAUGAGACCCCUGAGCAAACCCCCAGCGGCAACGCUGUCGCCGCUCCUCCCAACCCGCAGGACGACGUUGGGGACGACGUUGCUCCCUACUCUUUGCCUUCCAUCCGAGAACUCUUUCGGGUGCUGAUUGAUCUGCUGGACCCCCACAACCGGCAACAUACCGACCCCAUGAGGGUCAUGGCGUUGAGGAUCAUCGACGUCGCUUUGGAAGUGGCAGGUCCAACGGUGGCUAGGCAUCCUAGUUUAACAGCGUUGGCCCAAAACGACCUCUGUCGCCACUUGUUCCAGCUGGUCCGAUCGGAAAAUAUGGCCAUCCUGACUGGGUCCCUUCGAGUCGCCGGGACCUUGUUGCUGACGUGCCGUUCUGUCUUGAAGCUCCAGCAAGAGCUUUAUCUGUCCUAUCUGGUCGCUUGUCUUCACCCACGGGUAGAGAUACCCAAGGAAGCCGGUAUCAAUCCGGCCCUUUACGACGGGGUGCCACAGGUGCCCAAAUUAGUGAAACCCUCGCCUUCGCAGUCCAGCAGCGGUAGAUCGACACCGGUUCCCGUGAAAGAUCGGCAAAAAUUGGGACUGGAAGGGGGCUCGCGGAAGCCGGAGACGAGGGAAGCCAUGGUCGAAAGCAUUGGUGUGCUGGCCCGGAUCCCAAGCUUCAUGGUGGAGCUGUUCAUCAACUACGACUGCGAGGUGGAUCGGGCGGACCUUUGCGAGGACCUGAUCGGCCUUCUCUCCCGCAGUGCGUUCCCAGAUUCAGCCACGUGGAGCACGACCAAUGUGCCGCCACUGUGCUUAGACGCCCUGUUGGGUUACGUUCAGUUUGUGUACGACAGGCUGGAGGAUGAACCCGUGGAGGAGGGAUUCCCUUCGCGGGAGCAUUUGAGGAGCCAGCGCAAAACGAAGAAACUCAUCAUCACCGGCGCGCAAAAAUUCAACGAGGAUCCCAAGGCCGGAAUCGCCUACUUGACCGCCCACGGUAUCAUUGAGAACGCGGACGACCCCGUUCUGGUCGCGAGAUUCCUCAAGGGAACGACUCGGCUGUCGAAGAAGGUUUUGGGCGAGUACAUUUCCAAACGAUCUAACGAAACCCUUCUCGAGGCCUUCGUUGAUCUCUUUGACUUUUCAGGAAAGACUGUCGUCGAUGCCCUUCGAGAUCUCCUCGGUGCCUUCCGUUUGCCUGGCGAAUCCCCUCUUAUCGAACGUAUCGUCACAACGUUCACCGACAAGUUCAUUGAGAAAGCGCACCCUCCGGGUGUUGCUGAUAAGGAUGCCCUGUUCGUAUUGACAUACGGUAUCAUCAUGUUGAAUACGGAACUGUACAACCAGAACAUUAAAUCGCAAAAUCGCAUGUCUUGUAACGAUUUCUCACGGAAUCUGCGUGGCGUCAACGCAGGGCAGGAUUUCGCACCGGAGUUCCUACAAGAGAUCUAUGAUUCUAUCAAACAGAACGAGAUUAUCUUGCCCGAUGAGCACGACAACAAGCACGCGUUUGAUUUCGCCUGGCGGGAACUCUUGUUGAAAUCCAGCUCGGCCGGAGAGCUGGUGGUGGGCGAGAGUAACAUCUAUGACGCGGAGAUGUUUGAAGCCACUUGGAAACCAGUGAUAGCAACCCUCUCAUAUGUCUUCAUGUCUGCCUCGGACGAUGCCGUAUACUCUCGAGUGGUCCUGGGAUUCGACCAGUGCGCUCAGAUCGCUGCACGAUAUGGGUUAACUGAAGCCUUUGACCGCAUACUUUUUUGUCUUGCUUCCAUUAGCACGCUGGCCACGGAUAAACCCCCAAGCACCUCCCUCAACACCGAAGUCCAGGCUGGGAAGAAAAGCGUGAUGGUUAGCGAGCUUGCAGUGAAAUUUGGCAGGGACUUUCGGGCACAAUUGGCCACAGUGGUUUUGUUCCGGGUUCUGGCAGGGAAUGAAGCGACGGUUCGGCGAAGCUGGGCACAUAUUCUCCGCAUCCUCAACAACCUGUUCAUCAACUCUCUCAUUCCUCCCUUCGAUAGCAGCCUGAACGCCGAGCUUGAAAUGCCUCCUAUCCCGCUACAGCUCCCGUCGCAGGUUGUGGACCGCGAUGGACGUGGAAAUGAAACAGGGCUCCUGUCUGCUUUCACAUCUUAUCUCUCCAGCUAUGCAGCAGAUGACCCUCCGGAGCCAUCCGAUGAAGAACUCGACAACACUCUGUGCACUAUAGAUUGUAUUGCAGCCUGUUCGAUCAACGAUGUUCUGGCGAAUAUUAAGUCUCUUCCUUUGGAAUUGGUUUCAACGGUGGUAGACUCAUUACUGGUGCUGUUACCCGAGGAGUCUGCACCGGCGGUCAUUGUCGUGAAGUCCGAGCGACUGUCCCCUUCAUCGAGGCUACCGAACGGCAAGGCCGAUGCCAGGCAGUCGAAUUACGAUCCCGGCAUGAUGUACCUCUUGGAGUUGGCGACGAUCAUCACCCUUCGUGACGCCAAAACGCUGGAGACACUUGGCGAGCGACUCUUAACUACCUUGCAAGCCUUCAUUCGGGAUGCCAGAAACCUGCAUUCGCUAGCCUUGUCACGAAUAGUUUAUUAUCUAUUUAAUCUGCUGCGACUGAGCCAUGACUACUCGUUUAUGCGGGUGCCAGUUGUUCUCCACGGUAUAUCCGGUUUCGAUCAAGAUAUUUUGGAAAGCGUCGCAAUACCUACAGUGAAAGGACUCUCUCGCUGCGUUUCAAAUGGAGGAUUCCUACGCAAUGAGAUCACCGUUUCCCCUGAUUUCUGGUCAAUCUUGCAAAGACUGCACCAGCAUAAGGAAGCGGGUCCUUUAGUGUUCGACCUACUUCAACACAUUGUGGACUUCUCACCCCCCAUUAUUACCGCAGAUAAUUACGAGUCGGCUGUUUGCCUUGCGAACGAUUUCAUUAGUGCCGCUAGUGUGGGUUCCAUUGACGAACGGCAGAAGGACGCGUUCAUGCGGCGCUCCAAAGGUGCAAAGCAGCGCAAAUCCAGCGAGAACGAAGUUGUAUACCGUGGCUUCAAGGCAAUUGAACUCGUUUAUCAGCUCACCGGACGGGUUCCAGCUCUGAUUAAGCAGUCUCAUCUUGAAGAAAAUGAAGCCUGGUCUGCUUACUGGUCCCCGAUUUUCCUUUCCUUGACCUCCCAAUGCGUUAAUCCUUGCCGGGACAUUCGGCAUCAUGCUAUUUCGACCCUACAGCGGUCUCUUCUUUCAGUCGAGAUGAGCUCCACCGAUAAUAAGGAGUGGAUUGCCAUUUUCGACCAGGUUUUAUUCCCACUCGUACUUCGCUUAUUAAAACCCGAGGUGUAUCAUUCGGAUCCACUUGGAAUGAGUGAGACACGAGUUCAAGCGGCGAUCUUGGUUUGCAAGAUCUUCCUGCGCUAUCUCGAUCAACUUCCGAACCAGAAUGGAAUGCUUGAGCUAUGGCUUAAGAUUCUGGAUGUCCUCGACCGGAUGAUCAACAGUGGUCAGGGUGACAGUCUGGAGGAGGCAAUCCCGGAGAGUCUGAAGAACAUCCUCUUGGUCAUGGCUGAUGGAGGAUACUUGGUACCGCCCUCCCAGGAUACCACCAAGGAAUUAGUCUGGAACGAAACCAAGAAGCGUUUGGAUCGAUUUCUACCUGACCUUUUCAAGGAGAUCUUCCCAGAGAAACCGAACGAACCAUCUACCCCGAAUUCCGCCGUCACAUCUCCUAGCCCAUCGACGCAGGAGCACACCAAUGACCAGCAGUCCAGGGAGGAUGGGACGGCUCCUGGUACUCCUGAGGAUGCAAAAAACACCAACGAGCAACAGGGUGAUGAUCCCUGA